UUCCUCUCUACAAAGUGAGACAAAAAUAAAGCAACAAUGAUGAUGAUGAUGAUGCAGCACUUACAGACUCAAUAACUAUUGGUCUCCUUCGUGAUCUGAUUAUUGCUAGUCCGCCUUUAAUCAGAUAAAGAAGAAAACAGACACGUACCUGGAUACAGCUUUGUGGUGAAACCCAAGCCCCAUAAACAACGAUUCAACAGUGAAGUGUGUGGUUAUUACUAAUAAGGAAAUCUAAAGUAUUCAAGGCUUCGCCUCAAACCUCAAAACCCAACUCCUAGCCAUCGGUGCCCAGCCCCUCAGACCAUGAUGUUUCGCGACCAGGUUGGAGUCCUUGCCAGUUGGUUUAAGGGAUGGAACGAGUGUGAGCAGACGGUGGCAUUGUUGUCUUUACUGAAGAGGGUCAGUCGAACCCAAGCGAGAUUCCUGCAGCUCUGUCUGGAACAUUCUCUGGCUGAAUGUACUGAGCUGCAUGUUCUGGAGGGAGAAGCCAAUAAUCCAGCGGUGAUCAGCCAAUGGCAGGGUGAGCCGAAGGAGAGGGUCAUCUCUCUGGUCCUGAGCCACCUUCCUCUCCUCAAGCCCGGGAACACGGAGGCCAAGGGUGAAUACAUGCGUCUGCUGCCCAAAAUCCUGACCCACACCAUCGAGCAUGGCCGACACCUGGAAGAGAGCCGGCAGCUCCUGUCCUACGCGCUCAUCCACCCGGCCACCUCUUUGGACGACCGCUCCGCCCUGGCGCUCUGGCUCAACCACCUGGAGGAACGGGCGGCCGCCCGGGGGGCCGGAGACUCCCUGGAAAGGGCCCCGUCUCACCACGGGGUGCAGCCGCCACACCUUUACCCCCACCACCAGCGCUACGGCUCGGACGACCGCCUCAAUGGCUGGCAGAGCUCCAGGGAUUCUGGGCUGGGCAGCUGGCAGCAGCAGGGAUGUGAGAACGGACACCUCUCACUGUAUCCAUCUUCCUCUGUGCCCUCUACCAUUAACACUGUGGGUACAGGCAGCGGGACCAACCCUAUGAUGUCCAGCGGACAGCACAGUCCACUUAAACGUUCUGUGUCGCUGACCCCGCCGAUUAACGCCCCACCCAACCAACCUCUCGGGCACGGCUGGCUGUCCCAGGAGGACUUGAGGGCUCGCGGACCAGCACCUGACCACGCUCCCCUCUCCCCUCAGAGCAGCGUGGCGUCUUCGGGCAGCGGGGGCAGCGAACACCUGGAGGAGGGCUCUGCCCUGGGUGGCGCAACCCUCCGCAGCACAUUCCAUGAAGAGGGCAGUGGCAUGAGGGAUGUGCCGGCGUGGCUCAAGAGCCUCCGUCUCCACAAGUACGCCGGGUUGUUCUCCACCAUGACUUACGACGAGAUGAUGUCACUGACCGAACAGCAGCUAGAGGCUCAGAACGUUACCAAAGGGGCAAGACACAAGAUCAUCAUCAGCAUCCAGAAACUAAAGGAACGACAGAAUGUUCUCCGCUGUCUGGAGAAGGACAUUCUGGAGGGGGGGAAUCUGCGGACACCGUUGCAGGAGCUACAUCAGAUGAUCAUCACGCCCAUAAAGGCCUGUAGUACCGAGGAGUCGUCACAGCGCCCCCUACUGAGCGCAGAUGGGAAGGGCAGCAUGGCAGGGUCCCAUAUGGGUGGAGGAGAGGCUGAGUCCAGCACCACCGUUAUAGCUGAGGGGGACAUUCCUGCUCAGUUUACCCGUGUCAUGGGCAAAGUUUGCACACAGCUCCUUGUCUCCAGGCCAGAUGAGGACAACAUCAGUUCCUACUUGCAGCUUAUCGAUAAGUGCCUAAUUCAUGAGGCUUUCACAGAAACCCAGAAGAAGCGAUUGUUGUCAUGGAAACAGCAGGUGCAAAGGCUCUUCCGCUCGUUUCCACGAAAAACUCACUUGGACAUGGCUGCGUACAGACCGCAGAGAAGUCGCGGAUUCGGCCAGUCCAACUCCCUCCCGACCACGGGCUGCGUCGGAAGCGGCGUUUCGACCAGGAGGAACCUACGCCAGUUUCAGGUGCCGUCACGGAGUUUGCCUGGCGCAAGGCUCGGGCUUUUAGGUACCACAGGCCUCCUGGGACCAACACCACGGAGCACCAGCAGCACUCCGACCGGCCUAAAGCAAGGCAGACAGGGGCUUUGGUUUGCCAACCCGGGGGGCAGUAACAGCAUGCCCAGUCGCAGUCACAGCUCCGUCCAAAGGACCCGCUCUCUGCCCGUGCACACCACACCCCAGACCAUGGUCCCGUUCCAACAGUCAGAUCUGCAGGUUCCUGUGACAGAGCCAGACAUUAAUAAUCGCUUGGAAUCUCUGUGCCUCAGUAUGACAGAGCAUGCUCUCGGAGAUGGUGUUGAUCGAACAUCAACUAUCUGAACCAGGAGAGGAGCAAGCUCAAGGGGAUGGAGCUAGCCGGAAGGCCGGGGGGGAAAAGGUCACCUUUAGGUCACGAGCUCCCCUCUCCACCCCUCCUCCCUUUCUUCAACUUCCCCCACCCGCUUGUCUCAACCACCCAACAGCCAAUGGGAAGAGGUGGUGAUGGGUGGUGGGCGCGGCCUAAGUAGUGCUGUUCACUGUUCUCUGAAAAAGACUCCACAUAAGCAGG